GAUAUUUCGACUCCGACGUCGCCAUGUCCACCCGGGACAGCGUACAGAUUCCGGACGACCGAGAUUUCGACCAGUUCCGGGCGGAGUGCAAUUCUGACCACGGCUGGAGCCUCACGUACAACAAGUCUGGGAUUGUCGUGUGGGUCCAGAUCCUUGAGGCAGAGAAAUCCCUGCACAAGAUCAAGUGCAGGAUAGAGUGCAAGGACGUCGCGGCAGAAACCCUCUAUGACGUCCUUCACGACAUCGAGUACAGGAAAAAGUGGGACACCAACGUCAUCGAGACCUUCGACAUCGGCAAGCUGACGGUCAACGCCGAUGUGGGAUACUACUCCUGGAAGUGCCCCAAACCCUUGAAGAACCGAGAUGUCAUCACCCUGCGCUCUUGGCUCCCCAUGGGCAACGACUUCAUCAUCAUGAACUACUCCGUCAAACAUCCCAAAUACCCUCCUAGGAAAGACAUGGUGAGAGCCGUCUCCAUUCAAACUGGCUACCUGAUCCAGGGAAAAGGAGAAAAGAACUGCAGCCUCACCUACCUGGCCCAGGUAGACCCCAAAGGUUCUUUGCCAAAGUGGGUGGUGAACAAGUCCUCUCAGUUCCUCGCUCCAAAAGCGAUGAAGAAGAUGCACAAGGCUUGCUUAAAGUACCCAGACUGGAAGCAGAAACACAACCCGCAUUUCAAGCCCUGGCUGUAUCCGGAGCAGAACACCCUGGCCAGCCUGGCGCUCUCGGAUCUGGCCAUCCAGCACGCCGACUCCCUCGAGAACAUCGACGAGAGCAGCCUCUCCGAGACCAAAGACGACCGGGGGGAAGCCAGCGACGAGGAUAGCGUCAACUGAGUGCCGCCGCCGGCCUGCCUCCCCU